UCUGAUUACGUCCACGCCGAGUUCCCUGUCCGUUGCUUCACAGGCUUUAGCUCGUUAGCCACAGGGUUGGUGUGGGGUUGGGUGUUUUGUUUUGUUUUUUUUUGACACGAGACCUGCUUUAAAAGACUUGUGCCUUUGGGUUAUGAUGGAAUCCAGCAUGAAGAAGGAAGCUGAGAAUGUGUGUGUGCUCUGCUGCCAGGACAUUGAUCUUUUCGCUGUGGGGAAAUGUGACCACCCGGUGUGUUACCGGUGCUCCACUAAGAUGCGGGUGCUGUGUGAGCAGAAAUACUGCGCUGUCUGCCGAGUGGAGCUGGACAAGGUUAUAUUUGUAAGAAAACUUCAACCCUUUGCUGCUCUUACUCAGCAUGAAUACCAGUCUGAGAAGAAAUACGACAUCUACUUCGCUGAUGGAAAAAUCUUUGCGCAGUUCAGGAAGAUUUUGUUAUCUGAAUGUCCACAAUGUCCUGAGCCCAAAGUGUUCUCCAAAUUUGAGGAGUUGGAGCAACAUAUGCGGAAGCAGCAUGAGCUCUUUUGCUGCAAAUUAUGUGCUAAGAAUUUGAAGGUAUUCUCCUAUGAGAGGAAGUGGUACAACCGCAAAGAACUGGCUCGACAUCGGACGCAAGGGGACCCGGAUGACACGUCUCAUCGUGGCCAUCCGCUUUGUAAAUUCUGUGAUGACCGAUACCUGGAUAACGACGAGCUGCUUAAGCACUUAAGGCGAGACCACUACUUUUGCCAUUUCUGUGAUGCAGAUGGAGCACAAGAAUACUAUAGUGACUACCGCUAUCUUAAGGAACACUUCAGAGAGAGCCAUUUUCUAUGUGAGGAAGGUCGCUGCAGUACAGAGCAGUUCACACAUGCUUUUCGAACAGAGAUUGACUACAAAGCCCACAAAGCUGCUGCCCAUAGUAAGAACCGGGCCGAGGCAAGGCAAAACCGGCAGAUCGACAUACAGUUCAACUACGUGCCACGCCAGCAGAGAAGGAAUGAUGGUCUAGUAGGUGCUGAUGAUUAUGAGGAAGUUGAUCGCUUCAACAGACAAGGGCGUUCAGGACGAGGAAGACCUCAGGCAUUACACCAGAAUGUAAGAAGCUGGAGGUAUAAUAGAGAGGAGGAGGAUAGGGACCUGGCUGCUGCAAUUCAGGCCUCGCAGGCUGCUCGCCGACAGGUGGAAAGAGGACAAGUUCAUGACAGAGGUGGCCAAAAACCACGCAAAGAAGAGACGGUGGAUAGUGACGAGUUAAGAGGCAAUCGAGGUGCAGUUAAACCUCCAAGUGACAUGCAAGGUCGAUCAACGAAGAAUAAUGUCCCACUGAAGGGUGAAGACUUCCCAGUGUUAGGAGCUGGUGCGCCGCCACCACCACCUGUUCAUAGCAUGGUGAAACCCACUCCUCCUGUCUCACUGAAGGAGGAUGAUUUCCCGAGCCUGGUGCAUUCUGGUACAGUGGGUUCAGCCCCAAUGACUCCAGCAUACACAGUUCAAGCUAGAAAACCUUCGUUCCAAGAGGAGGACUUCCCAGCACUUGUCUCAAGGAUCAGACCUCAUAAGCCUCAAGAGAAUCCAACAUCCGCUUGGUCGCAAGUAGGAAGUAAACCUGGCGUGCUUAAUAAUAAGCCUGUGGUUCUGCCAACGAAGACAUACUCGCACAGCGCUCCUGUGUUUUCUGCUAGUGACCCACCACCAUCCUCCACUGUUCCUCAGGCUCAUGCAUCUCGCCGCAAGAAGAAGCUUACCUCUUCUUCACAGAGCACCAAAGCUACAUCCAAAGUUAGAUCUCCAGUCUCGUCAGAUGACGAGGACCCUGAAAGUGGCAAAAUGAUUCAGGAGAUUCGUGCCGUCCCUACCAUGUUAGACAUUUCUUCUUUGCUUACAGUGAAGACCGGCUCAUCGCAGCCCAAUAACAAAAAUGGCAAGAAGAGACAGCCUUCAUCUACCCCUUCUGGGAUGUCUGCGAAUAACGUGGAAUUGGUGACUACUGCAGCUCACAAAGAAAAUGUACCCGAGACCAAACCACCAGAUGGUAGUGUCUCUAAAGGCACCACAGUCCCCAAAUCAAAUAUGUUCAUAAAUGGAUAUAAGAAGGAAACUAAGAACACCAUCCUACCUGAUGAUCCCCCUGCCCCCAAAAAGCAGCCCGUCUCUGAACCACCUGCUGUGCCUGAAGAAGAGGAUUUCCCUGCUCUUGUUACGAAGAAACCUCCACCUGGUUUUAAGAGCACGUUUUCUUUGGCGAACAUUCAGACAGUGUUGCCUCCUCCCCCUCCUGGUCUUGGGCCUGUGAUUAGCAAGCCUCCACCAGGAUUCACUGGUGUCCCACUGAACAGUAAUGUAGCAGAAUGCACAGUGCCAGCGUUAAACAGACCAGCAUCCUCACUUGGAACUUACCACAUGCCUGAAAACUUCAAACAGAGGAACAUGGACCUUAUACAGUCAAUACAGAACUUCCUUCAGAACGACGAAUCCAGAUUCAAUGAAUUCAAAAACUAUUCAGGUCAAUUCAGACAGGGUUUAAUUUCUGCUGCCCAGUACCACAAAUCUUGCCAUGAGCUACUGGGGGAAAACUUCAGCAGGGUCUUCAAUGAGUUGCUGGUUCUACUUCCAGACACACACAAACAACAGGAACUUCUCACUGCCCAUGCAGACUUUAAAGCCAUGGAGAAACAGCAGUCAGGCUCCAAAGGCAAGAAGAACAAAAAGAAAGCCUGGCAAACGUGUACCUCUAACAGCAACCUAGACUUGGAUUGCCAAGUGUGUCCUACCUGCAAGCAGGUACUGGCCCCAAAAGACUUUAGUGCUCAUAAGACUCUGCAUAUUGGAGAUGAUGACUUUCCUUCUCUCCAGGCUAUAAGCAAGAUUAUCAGUUAGCUGCCAAGAACAAGAGCACUACUCACAGAUCGAAAGAUGGGUUUUUUUGUUGUUUUUUGUGGGAUUUUGUUCCCCCCACCACCCAGGGUUAAAUAUGUUUUAAGAUAAUGAGGGAUCAAGUGCAAAACAGGGCAGCUGUAGUGUGUCUAGAGCAUGGGUGCCCAACUCCAGUACUGGAGUCCAGCAGAGUUCAGUGACUUCCUGGUUCCGCGAUGCCUAAUUUGGCACAAUUGUUCAUUACGAUGUUUAAUUAUGGCAUUCCAGGACUGGAAUUGGACACCCCUGGAAUGUAGUUUUUGAAAUAAUUUGCCACUUUUUUUUUUUUUUUAAAUCCCAACUCAAGGCUGAAAUUGAAAGUUUUGAUGGGCGAUAUUUUCUCUUGGAGUUGUUUAUUAUUAUUAUUAUUAUUAUUAUUAUUAUUUAGUACAUUUCUUAAUCCCACAUCUCUGGAUUGAUGGGAGACGCGUUCAACAGGUUCAUGUGUUUACACAUGGUAAUUUUCUAAUUCUAGCUGCUGCAUUUGACCUUCUUCCUUGAGCAUUUAUGAGUUAGUUUCAUUACAGAAUCAUUGCUCACCUGUUUCUCAAACCAACAAUAGAGGUUACAUAUGCGUGUGUGUAUAUAUAUUUGGUUGGAGGAAAAUGAGUAAAAAGUGCCUAACAAACGAUCGGACUCUGACAAAGAGCUUUCUUGAAGUCUGUUGGUAAAAUGAUAUCAAUCAAAUGAACAAAGUACUUGCAACAUUUCAUUUCCUAUCCAUGCUACACAGUCACUGUGACACUUCAGCACUUGUUUUCAUGCUUAAUUUUCCAUUUGAUCAUUAUUUAUUUAGGUUUAUUAUUAUUAUUUAAGGGAAUUAUUUUAACUAAGCUUUUAGGAUUGCAGAGUAAGAGACCACCAGGGUGCACAAAAUUUCUAUUUUUCCAUAACCUCUUUUUGUAUUAUAACAAAUACAAUGUCUUUGAAUAAGCCUACACGCAAUAAUGCAGUUGAUGCAUAGUAAGGCACUGACUUCUGGAGUUUAAUGUAAGAAUGAACACACGGUUAUCAUUUUGACUGCAGGGUAAACUUUUUACUGCGCCCAGCAUCUGUACUGCGCCUGCUUUUGUACGACUAUUCAUUUCUGCAAAUGGUUUGAAGGGUGGGGAUGAAUACUCUUUCCUGUUAACUUCUCUUUUGAUACCAUUAAUGACUUUUUUUGUUAUUAUGUUGUGAUCUAGUACUGUUUUGCACAGCAGUGAUGAGACAUAUUUACCUACAGAUUGAGUAAUGGUGCACAGCUGGCUCCUGAAAGAAUCUAAUUAAAUGGUUAAACACAAAGUUAGUCAUUAUUAUUAUCAUCAUCAUCAUCCUCAUGUCCACUUUUUCAUCAGGACAUGCUUGUGAAAGUUAUGCAAGUUGCACAGAUCAGACUUCUCAUGGAAAAAAAAAAAAAAAGAUUUUUAUUUUAAUGACUGCAGUCCAAACACAUUGACAACAGUAAGUCUUUUGUGUACAGCAUUAAACAUACAAGAUGGGAUAUGAUGCCAGAGAUUACAGUAGAAUGUAAUGUCAAUUUUGGGGCUGUAUUUAUAAUCCUUUGUCUUGUGCAUAUGCACAUUGCACUUUUGAGGGUUAUAUUUAAAAAAAAAAAAAAAAAAAAAAACACCUAAGCAAACAUUUUGUGUGUACAUGAGUAGACAUCUUUUUUUAAUUUUAUUUUUUUUCCUAGCAAUUACUACAAUAAAUGUGACCCAGUCUGUUAUGGAA